AUGAAUUUCCACCACGAACCAAGUGAAAGUCCAAUUUUUGAAGCUAUCGAAAAUGGCCAAACUAGAUCUUUAUUAAAUAAAACUGAAAUCUAUAGGACCCUAGCAAAAAAAUAUCCAAUUUUUUCAAAGUUUUUGAUACAUGUAUCAUUAAUGACUCUACCACCCGCACCACUUCAAGAAAAUCCUAAACCACCACAACAACCAGUACAACCACCACCAGUACCACUACCACUAACACCACUGUCGCCAUUUCAAGAAACUCCUCCUUCUCUUUCUGCUCCACCACCACCACCUCCACCACCGCCCCCUUCAUCUCAAGAAAAUCCAAAUUUAGAAUUACCUCUUGGAGAACCAUAUGAACCACGAAAUGACCAGGUAAUCGAAGAACACGAGUGCAAUAUCAAACGUAUAUCGAGUAAUUUAAGAGAAGUGAUUAAUAAUAUUGGAAAAUUACCAGCCCCACUAAAUCAACCAGAACACUUUCUAGAACCAUUCACCAAAAUAAAAUUUGGACCACUAAAAUCAAAAUCAGUCUUAAACUCUCUCCAACAUUGUGUUAUUUCUUUCAAUAGGUAUUUAGAAUUUUUUGAAAUGAAUGAUCAAUUCAUUGACCAAAUUACUAUCGAUUCUGCCAUCUCUGAGUUAUGUCUAAUUUUGGAAGAAUUUUUAGCUUUAAACAUUUAUUUUCUCGCUAGAGUUGGCCAUAUUUGA